UUUUCAAAACGCGUGAAAAGUUAGUAUUCGUCGUCAUUUCGGAAUGACUUGAAAGUUUUUUUUCUAUGUAUUUUUAUCGUCAAUUCGUCUAACAGUUCUAGUGAUAUGAGAGGACAGAAUGAAAAAAAACGGUUUCGAACGAAUGUGGAUGAUUUCAAUUUUUACGAUUUCCGUGAUUUUUUUUUAGUCAUAAAAAAUUCAUUUUUAUGUUCACUUUUUUUUGUUUGAUAUUCAAAGUUGCGACGAAAUUGAAACAAGAAAUUAAUUCCGAACGGCCACUCAGUUAUUGACGUGACAUCCGAAAAUUAAUUAGUCAAGAUAAGCCGAGGAUGCUAAUUUUUUCCCCCAAUUAUAGAAAUUGAAAUGUAAAUAUCUCGUUACGAUAACACAAUUCUUCGUGUGCUUUAUUGUGGAUUUUUUUUGCCACGUUAUCAGCGUCUGUGCUCGUACGUUUAAAAUGAAAAAAGUUAUCUCUUCCCCCUCGAAUAUUUCGAGCGGAAUGAAUUUUUUUUAUUUUUUUUUUUCAUCAUUUGCUGAGAUUGAAAACGUAUCUGAUUUCUGCUGCCGAAAGUUCUAUGCUAUUUUCACUACUGCGUCUUGCAAAAUAUGUAUCAUAUGUCCUUGAUAUUCUUACGGUUGUUAACUGGCCAAACGGCACGGGCCACAGCGACUCAUCGUUGUACGGAUCGUUCGGAUAUGGAUCAACCGGUGUUCGAUCUCCGUGUCGGAAUAACUGCAGGAAAAAAAUGUUCACGAGUUUCUUUAUUUUGCACGAUUUAUAAAUUUAUCGUCAACACUAUAUUUUUCACAAAUUUUCGCUCGAAAUUCAGGAUUAACAGUGAAAGGAGAGUUAUCGCAUACAGCGUUUUUUUUAUCGUUGUGUUGCCGAAUGUUUUGGAGGGCAGCACAAUUGUCAUUUUAGUUCGAGACGCAACCGUUACAGCGCACUUCAAAAUGAACGAUGUAACGGCCAUUCCGGCCGGCCAUUCCAGUGCUUCAGACGUUGUGCCGGUGUGUUUGUGUCAUGUUUUUGUUAUCAAUCGUAUGACAGUGUACCAAAUAUUUACGUUUUUGCCGUGAACACAGUAUCGAGUUGCCCAUUGUUUUAAUCUUUAUGACGAUGACCGAGCGUUUGCGAGCAGAAAAAUGGAACGCGCCGAAGAAAAGAAAUUACGAGUACAUUCAGGAUAAAAGUGCGAGUGCGUGGGUAUAACAACAUUGGAGCACGUUUGGCCGUGUAAAAACCAGAGUGUAAACACAGUCAGAGGCUGAGCAUGCGUUCACGUGCAUGACGGACGUAAAGUGGUAUACGUGGUGAGUGGGACUGCAUGGAGGAUCGGUAGUGGUCGGUGCGGUGACGGAGGGGCGCUUCGGGCAGGGAGGAGGUGGUGAAGGCAGUAGCGCAGUUCGCGCGAAUAGCGCACGCAAUCUCAAACCAGCCAAGACGAUUCUCCGUUAGCCAGUGCAGGUUGUGUGGAAGUGGUGGAAGUGAUUAAGUUGGGUUCGUCAGUAAAAUUGAAUGUAAAAAAUCGGCCUGAAAAGAGAUUUUUCAACUGUCUCUUCAACUUUGAAACUUUCGUAUUAAUCAAGUGAAUUUGUGUUAUAAAAAUCCAUAGUUUGUCAAACCUAAUGCCAAGAGAAUGGUAAGAUUGACGGAGGAGAUGGUCGUGGCUCGAACCCGAGUGUCCGACCUCACAGCUGUCAGGAAGCUUAAUUGCUGGGGUACUGAACUGACGGAUGUCAGCAUUCUACGAAAUUUGAAGAAAGUUGAGGUGUUGUCGUUGAGUGUGAAUAACAUCAACACACUGAACGACUUCCAGUACUGCCUAAAUCUGCGAGAUCUUUUCGUCCGAAAGAAUAACAUUAAAGACCUCAAUGAAGUCUGUUACCUUCAAAAUUUGCUGAGUCUACGUAACCUGUGGCUCGAUGAAAAUCCAUGCGCCGAACAAGAAGGGUACCGUCUGGCUGUUCUUCGAGCUUUGCCCAAUCUUGAAAAACUCGAUGACAAAGUUGUCACCACAGAAGAAAUUCAAAAUGCUUUGGCCAGAGGAAGAAUACUUGUACAUCCAUUGGAUAUGGAUGCGUCACCGACUUGUUCAGAUACGCCAAGCCCAGAGGAAGUUAUCCCUGAAUGUUCUAACGAUGCAGAUUUUGAACAAAGAAAAGGAUACAACUCUUCUGGCAAUCAGACUCAAGGACUGAAGCAUCAACAGGGUUAUUCGACACAGGGACAACGAAUUAUUCAUGAUUAUCAGGAGAAUGAUAGGAGAAACGCAAACUGGUGUGCUUCGCCAACCUUUCAAUACAAUCAGCCGCAAAACAAUCAUUUCGACUAUGAGGAAUACGAUGAUCAGGAACUGAGGACAGAAUCAGAAAGGUUUUGCCGCAGACGGAGACACAGUAGUGGCAACGGCGGAGAGAAUACGUUGGAACUAAACAGUAGGCGUAGUUACCCUUACUCGGAUAAUGGAGAGAACGAGGCUGGCAGUCGGCGGUCCAAUACUGAUCGACAAAUAGAAGCAAUGCCCGCCGUUUCACCACGAACGUCCUACCCUCCGACGAAUUAUCCGGACGAGAGACGAGAGCCUGCUUUAGUUUAUGACGAGCAACAACCCCAACACACUUACCAGGACAGACGGCACCCGUUGGAAUCUGAUCAACAAUUACCAAAACGUAGCUCGGCCUCGUUGUAUCAGAACAAUUCAAUCGUCGACCGAGAUGAAACGAGCUCGCGAAAUCGAGAAAUGACAGCAUCCCAAGGGGGCUGGGUGAGACAUUCGGAAAAGGACAAAUGCAAUUUUUAUUACCACCGAAGGCCAGUUACGAGGAACUCGAAUAUCCUCUCGGCCGUACUGUGCUUGGUGAAAGAACUCGACUAUCCGAGUCUAGAGGUCGUUGAAAUGGCAGUGAGAAAUAGAAUGGACGAAUUGGAAGAAUGAUGGUUUGGGCGCCGUGUCCGAUCUGUUAGCAGCUGCAACUCGUCGGUCUACGGCUGCAAAAUUUUCAUGAUUUGGGCCCUCUCUCUAGACAUGUGAUCUUCGUCCUUUCUCCAGUAACGCAAUCUCAAAUAGUAUAAACCGAUUGGGGAAUGGAGUUUUGUCGUAUGUUCGUCAUCGGAGUGUACUCAAAAAACAAACGCGGCUUCAUUGAGGUGUUGAGAUUUGUAAAACGAGCUGGAAACAUUCUGUUACAAUUUGUAAACAUUUUUGAUCCGAUCGUAAAAAAAACUGCUUAUUUUAUUGAGCUCCAUUGGAUUUUGAAUCAUGCUUUUUUGGGUAAUAUAUUCGUUGACAAUAACAUCUCAAAUGUAAUUAUAUUAGCAGCCUUGUUGAUGUUUGGACACACCUCAGUGCAAUAACGACCAUAUUGACGAAACGAUUUAUUAUUAUUAUUAUUAUUAUUAUUAUUAUAAAUAUGUUAAUAAUACUUUAGUAAUAAAAGAAAUAAUAAUGGAUGGUUUUUCGAGAGAA